UACUAUGAUUAUUGUAGUCGUGGCUGUUUGUGUGCCUGCCUUAACUGGUUUAUUCGGUAACUGUAUUCGAAUACAUUUUCUCAAUGAACAACGAGGGAGUAGAAUUGAUCUUAACAACUUCGUAGGACGAUCAUCAGCUGGAGGGCUUCAUUCAGCGGUCAUCGAAAUGUUCCCGGUAUUGGUCUACUCCGACAUUAAGAACCUUAAGGAGAUUUCGACGCAAGGAAUGGUAAAUGAUUGUGUUGUUUGUUUAAGUGAAUAUGAAGAUAAAGAUUUGUUAAGAUUAUUACCUAAAUGUCAACACGUUUUCCACCGGGAGUGUAUUGAUAGUUGGUUUGUUUCUCAUGCUACUUGUCCAGUUUGUCGCUCUAAUCUUAACCCCAUUGCUUUAGAAACCGCCACUAAUGGCGGGGUUGGUGGUGGUGCUCAUUCAGUAAUUGAUAUAUUUCAGAACGACGAAAACCGUCCUGACACGAGAUCGAUCCAUGUUGGUUCUCGGGCAGUGGCAUGAGCGGUUUCAUAAUUAUUAUUUUUUUCACCGCAGGAAACUUCAUUUCAUU